GUCGCUGGCCUGCUGUACGCGUUCAUUGAAGAAAAUUAAGGGAAGAAUGAUCCGCUAGGCACGAGUCUAGACAUCGGGUCCCUUGCGGGGUGAUAGGCAGCCCCACCAGGCCAGUUCGGUACGUCAAUCGAGGUUAGCGCCAACAAGGCCAACAAAAUGUUCUCCCCCUACACCCAUGUGCCGCAUUCCACAGGCAGUAGGCAUCUUGUAUUACGGUGAUUUGGAGGCUGAGAACCAACUUGGAACUUGAUUACAAGUUGGAACGGGUUAUAUUCAAUGGCGGGGGGGAGAUAUAAAGCAGAAUCCAUUAGCUAGUGUUCAGUACAGCGGCCUCAGUACUUAUCCAGCAGCAAUACCCAAUACCCACCUACUACUACCACUCUUACCAUGAUUCGCUUCGAUUCUCUCUCCAUGGCUGUUCAGCAGGCGAUGUGCACUCCCAUGCACCAAAUCCUGCCUGUAUCCCAGUCGACUGGAGCCCUUUACCUGGGCUCCUUGGCCGCCAUCCACGAAAAAGACGCUCUCGUCGAAAAGAAUAUCACCCACCUCGUCCAGGUGAUGGAUGCGCCAUGGCUCCCCCUCUCUGAAAAAGACGGCUUCAACUGCUACCGGAUCCCCAUCCUCGACACCUCGUCGGCAGAUAUCAAGAGCCAUUUAGAGGCAGCAUGCAACUAUAUUGACCAGAGCCUUCGCUCGGGAAAGAGCGUGCUGGUACAUUGUCAGCAGGGCGUGUCCAGGAGCGCUUCGAUUGUCAUUGCCUAUCUCAUCCGCAAUCGCGGUAUGUCCUACGACAGCGCCUUUGCCUACGUGAAGCGAGAGCGGGCAUGCAUUGCUCCCAACUCUGGCUUCGUCCAGGCCCUUAGAGAGUGGGAGGCAGCUUUCCGCAGGCCUUCUGCGGGCAGGCGUUUCACUUCUUAGAGAUCUUUCCGGCCUCGGAUUAGACUAUUUACGUUCUAUUUACUACUAUACCAGGUUUUUUGGGUUCUUCUGGCGUCGAUGAUACCUCUUUACAUUCGAUUUCGUUUAUUUGCGCCUAAAUUCUUAAAUGCCUAACCGGCAAUCAAAGGCUAUUUCUUCGGGACAUUUACCUACUUAGUUUACCGUUCGAUUUGCGGAGCGAUUUCCGUAGUUCAAGUAUCCAAUUCGGAUCUGCCAAAAUUCUAUUGCCUCCGCUCUUCCUAUGUUUGUUUCCUUAUUUUGAAUUACCCACGACAAAGGCGGGACACAGCUUGCCCUAACUGCCAUUUACCG